CUCCGGCGGACGCUGUGUCUCUCGAAGCGGCGGCGCCGUAUACGGGUGCAGCGCUGCCCGCUCCAGAGCCCAGCGCCGGUCUGGACGAGGCCUGAUGCCCAGUUCCCUGGAGGAAACGACAACUACCUAGCCAUCACGGGGGCGGCCCACCCCUUCCUGUCGGGGGCGGAGACGUUCCACACGCCUAGCCUGGGGGACGAGGAGUUUGAGAUACCACCCAUCCCCCUAGAUGCCGACCCUUCACUGGCAGUCUCUGACGUGGUGGGGCACUUUGAUGAGCUGGGCUUCUCUACUCAGUAUGGCGUGCAGGGCCUCGACAUGCCCGUGGGCAUGAACCACGGCCUCAUGGAGCAGGGCGGCGGGCUCCUGGCAGGGGGGCUGGCCAUGGACCUGGAUCACUCCAUGGGCACCCAGUACAACGCCAACCCACCCGUCACCAUCGACGUGCCCAUGAGCCCUGGGGCACUGAUGGGGCAUGGGUCCGAGCUCAGCUCCCAGUUGGGCCUGAGCCUGGGGGCGGCCCCCAUCCUGCCGCCUGCUGCCCCCUCGCCUGAGGAGCGGCUCUCCACUACACCCUCCCCCACCAGCUCCCUGCAGGAGGAUGAGGCUGAGGAGUUCAGACGGCAGCAGCAGCAGCAGACAGGGGGGGCACUGGACACGGGACGGAAGCAGAAACCUGCCAAGAAGCAGAAGAAGAAGAAGGACCCGAACGAGCCGCAGAAGCCAGUCUCGGCCUACGCCCUAUUCUUCCGUGACACACAGGCCGCCAUUAAGGGCCAGAACCCCAAUGCCACCUUUGGGGAGGUCUCCAAGAUCGUGGCCUCCAUGUGGGACAGCUUGGGCGAGGAGCAGAAACAGGUGUACAAGCGGAAGACAGAGGCGGCGAAGAAGGAGUGCGGGUGCCACCUGCAGCAGCAGCCCCCGCCCCUGCAGAUCAAAAUCCUGCCCCCACCAGCCCUGCAGAUCCAGCCCGUGGCCCUGCAGCCUGAGGAGGCCAGUCCUGAGCGGCCCAGCCCAGAGCCUCAGGGCUCCCCGGAGCCCGUGGAGAUGAUCACGGCUGAUGUGGUGCCCGAGGUGGAGUCCCCAACGCAGAUGGACGUGGAGCUGGUGUCGGAGUCGCCCGUGGCGCUGUCGCCGCGACCCCGCUGCGUGCGCUCCGGCGCCGGACCUGGGGACGUGUUCCUGGCCUGGCUGGCUUCCCGCAAUUCCAACAGCAGCAGCGUGGUGUUUGUGAAGUGA